AUGUUACUGGGUCUGGCGCAAAGUGCUGAUUCGGACACCAAAGAUUAUGGCAAGCAGCAUUUAUUUGCUGCCCGCGCCCUGAUCAGCAGUAUGCUCCAAGACACAUCUAAGUCGAUGAAUACUGACCAUGCGGUCUGGCUCUGCCUGGGAAUGUAUCUUUACUGGGACAUGUGCAGUUCGUUCCUGGUAGACCCAUGUGAGCCACAGGGGCUCAACUUAUUGAACAUAUCCAAUGCAGUGCAUAUGAUGGGAGACUGGCAUCAUCCGAUGUACGGAACAUGUAGCGGACUGCUCUUUAUCAUAGCAAAUGUUGGACGAUACUGCCGACAGAUCGUUGACUCGCCACAGAACCGCAACCUCAUGCAAGAAGCUGUGUUGGUGGCCCAACUUACUACCUGGAAGACAAUUCCCGCGAAUCCCGGCCUGUACCACUUAUACGAAGCGUUCCGCAAACACGGGCUUAUUUUCCUUUACCGGGCCCUCGCGCAGGCACAAAGUGGUCGCUUCAUGGAUCCAGAUAUGGUUGAAGCGCGAGAGUCUCUGAUCCAACAAUACGCCGAAGAAACAGUUCGCCAUUUGAUGCAAAUCCCUGCAACCUCAUACUACCUUAAUUUCCAAUCUCUCCCUCUUCUCACAGCUGGGUCGGAAUUGUCAGAAUUGGAUCAAUAUCUGCGCGAUCAAGUGCGCGACAGGUUUCGAGCCAUAUACUCUUUGAAUAGACUUCCUGCAAAUCUGCUGGCCCUAAGACUUCUUGAAGAGUUAUGGGAUGCCCGAGACAGCGGUAACCCAUCAUUCUGGCUACCGCAUGCACUGCAGAAGGAUUGGCAGUUACUUUUAGGAUGA